UGAGGACCUGUGGGUGGUGCCCAGGUGUAGUUAGCACAGGUAAACCCAGCAAGUGAGUUUGGGCUGGUACUCCAAUAGUCUGCAUUUAAACGUUUUAGAAGAGCAUUAUUUGUAAAAUGAAUCCCGUUCCGUCAAAUCUGAAAUCUGAAGCCAAGAAGGCUGCAAAAAUUUUGAGAGAGUUUACUGAAAUAAGUUCAAGAAAUGGACCUGAUGUAAUCAUACCAGCUCAUGUGAUAGCUAAAGCGCAAGGACUUGCUAUCAUCUCUGUGAUUAAAGCUGGAUUUUUAGUAACUGCUCGUGGAGGCAGUGGAAUUGUGUUGAGUCGCCUGCCUGAUGGAAGAUGGUCUGCUCCUUCAGCAAUAGGCAUUGCUGGUCUUGGUGGGGGUUUUGAGAUUGGAAUUGAGGUAUCUGAUUUGGUGAUAAUCCUGAAUCAGAAGCGUGCAGUUGAUGCUUUUGCAAAAGGGGGAAAUCUCACACUAGGUGGAAAUUUUACUGUUGCAAUUGGACCCAUUGGCAGAAACUUAGAGGGAGAUGUUGCUGUUAGAAAUACAGCUGCUGUCUACACAUACUGCAAAUCACGUGGGUUGUUUGCUGGAAUAUCAUUAGAAGGAUCUUAUUUGAUUGAAAGAAAAGAGACCAAUCGCAAGUUUUACUGCGAGGACAUCCGAGCAUGUUCAAUUUUAUAUGGCGAUGUUGAGCCUCCAGCUGUAGCCCAUGAGUUGUAUGUCAUAUUGGAUACAUUUGAUGAGCAAUAUCAGAAGGAAGAACAGCGUGAAAAUAAGAAAAAAGAAAUAAGAGCACAAGCAAAGGCCAAAGAAUCACAAAAACCCUCACCCAGACCGCAAUGUACACAGUCAUCUGUGAAAGGUGGAUUAAGAGAAAGUCCAUGGCACACGCCUUCAACUGUGACAGCGAUACACUCAUUUGAGGGUCAGGCACCAGGUGAUCUAAGCUUCCAUGCAGGUGAUAAAAUCACUGUAAUGUCCCGAACGAAUUCUCAGUUUGACUGGUGGGAAGGAAAACUCCGUGGAAAUACUGGUAUUUUCCCAGCCAAUUAUGUAUCUGUUCCUCAAGACUACUGAUUGUUAAUCACACAUUUAGCAUUGCCAAAUGUUGUCCUUUGAUUUGUUAUGGUAUGAAGACAAUGAGCCUUAUAUGAACAAAUUUGGUCUUUAAAUAUGCAUAAUAAAAUAGAUACCUGAGUAAUGUGCAAAGUUGGAACAAUAUUUUCUGAUACAUAAACCAAAGAUGCUGAACAUGUGAGGUUCAACAAUGUUACAUAAAUUCCAAGACUUGCUUGUUUACCAUUGACAGUUAUUACUCAGGUAUCUAUUUUAUAGAUCACAUUUAUGUCAUUUUCACAAUUAAAAUUGAUAUUUUGAAGGUUUUGCAGUAGGUUUAUAUAGAAGUAAAUUCUCAUGAGAAAAGUACACUCCAUUGUAACAGUCAAAAUAUAUUUACAUUAGAAUGGAAUGUUUGUAUGCAACAUGUAUAUUAAAUUUGAUUCUAUAAUUUCAAUCAAGAAAAUAUGAUAAUUGCCCAUCAGUUGAGAAUAAUAAAAUAAAAAUAAGCCAGAAAACACACAGACAUAGAAAUAGUUAUAUUAAUUUUAAGGAAGCUUUCUUAUCUAGGUUUAAUUUGAAAAUUUUUACUAUGUUUUCUUAAUUUAUAAUACAGAAUUAUGCUGGUGGAUUGUUGCAAAAUAUUAUUAAGGCAGAAAUUUGAAUAUUAAGCAUCCUAACAAAUGGAAUUUAGUGCAAUAAAAUGAGAUAAGAAUCUUAAAUAUUGGUGAUUGAUUAAUAAUUGUGAUUGAUUAUAAAUCAGGAAAUGGUAAGAGAGAGUGUAUGUGUGAAUUAUCUAUAUUUCAAA